GCCACAGCUAAUCAUCAUCAGCAGCAGCACAAGCUGGCAAAAUGCUGGCGUUCUUAAAGUCCCUAGAUAAUUUUUUUAGCAGAAAAUCUAGGGACUUUAGGCGUUCAAUGUUGCGUGAGUAUGCGUGAGCAACUGUCGCAUCUUACGAGCUUACGUUACUUACGUUGAGCCCCGCCGCAAAACGCGAGCGAAGUUGCGAUGAGCGGUACUAGUAGUGAUGCCAGCACUGAUGCCAGUGCCACCACGAUUGCGUCGAUCGCCGAGCCGCAUCACCAGCACGAAGAUAGCACGUCAAGAGUCGAACACAGAGGGAAUGCCGAUGUUCGGUUUUACCUCGAGUCCAUACUUCCACAGAGCGACGACUCCGUGCCGCUGACGGCAGCCCUCGAACUGCUACGAAAGGAACUGAAGUGGCACCAGCUAAGUUCCACAGAGGUACUGAAUGCUUGCUUCGAGACAGCUGGCCGGUUGAACUUUCAAGUUAAGGAGGGUCAAGUUGUCAUUUGCCGCGGCAAAGCGCCUUCGUUGCCGUCAUCUGCGUAUGGCGAGCCAUCUACGCGGAAACCCGUGUGCACCGACGUCAGCGUGGUACAACCACUGCCCCACACCUUGGAUGGCGAGUUCUUCCCCGUUGUUGUGCGGCACAUAGUUAGUCCCGAAGCCAUCUUCGUAAACCUCGCCGGCGACUUGGGCGACCAGUUGGCGAUGUUGCAUAAAGUAAUGAACUUGUUCUACUCUCCGCCUGGCAAGGGGGGAACGGGCGGGGAGAAGAUAGCGGCGCAGGACUUGGUUGCUGGCGCCUUGUGCGCUUACCAGCACGUGGACACGUCUGGUUCCGGAGCGGACAGGUGGUGCCGUGGAGUUGUCACGGGUGUCCACCAAAACGGCAUGAUCAAAGUCACGGAUGUCGACAGCGGUGUGAAAACCCUGAAACCGCGCACCAGCUUGCGCCAGCUCGCCUCGCAUUUCUGUAUGCUACCACGGCAAGCCAUAACCGUACGGCUAUAUCGGCUACGGCCUGCCUACGGAGAGUUAUGGGGUCUGGAGACGUGUACUAGGUUGGCAGAGUUGGUCUGGGGCGUGACGGUCAUGUGCCAACUUGUCGACUAUGUAGAUGGCAUGCCUGCUGUUAUCAUGUGCAAUACAAAUGGCCCGGAGGACAUCUUUACGAGUAAUGUACUCAUUAAAGAACGCCUGGCAAUUCCAGCCUGAUGACGAAGAAUAACAUAUUCAGUUGGUAGAAUACAGACUUCAUUGACUGUAGAGUUCUGCUACCACAGUGAUAUGUAAGACAGUCUGUGUCACUUUUUUUCCCUGCAGUGUACGCGCCCUCUGUUAACUUUGUUUGGUCACACCGUGCAUGUGUAAUGCAUUGUCUUGGUUAUGUCAUCUGAAGUAAUUUAAAAUUGCUCUAGAAUAAUUCAGUUCCUUUGCAAGGUCAUAACUAAACAACUAAAAUUCAACUGGCAAUGUUAUCACACUUUUGUUCUCACGAGUUAUUUUCCCAUUGCACAUUUACAUUAUUUUGUUAUGAGCUGUAUGCUGCAAAGCCUGCACGUUGUUUUUUAAUGGCGUAUGUAGUAUUUUACCCAUUUUUGACUUGUGUAAAAGCUAUUUCUUUUCAUUGUUAUGUUCAGUUUGUCAACACCUUGCAACAAAGUUAUGUGUUGCCAUCUUGAGCUUGUCAACCACCUUGCAAAAAAAUAAAGAAUUCACUUGCAAAGU